CAAGUAAUCGAAUUUAAUUCUAUAAGAAUUCGCGUGUUCGAAUUCUUGUAGACUUCAGGAUGUCUGUGCAAAAAGAACUUCAUAAGAAUUCAAGUAAUCGAAUUUAAUUCUAUAAGAAUUCGCGUGUUUGAAUUCUUGUAGACUUCAGGAUGUCUGUUCAAAAAGAACUUCAUAAGAAUUUGUUUCUCAAGAUUAAAAUGAUCGAAAAAUAUAUGUUCUGUAAGACUUCAAAAGAAAUAUCGAUACAGAAUUCUUCAAGAAAUGUUUUAUCGUAGCCGUAAAGAAUUCUUUUCGAAUUGUUGUUUUCGCGAAGCGUUGUUAGAAUCUGCGCAUGUGCAGUGUGCCUGUUUGUCGUUACCAUGGCAACGGAUUGUGAAGCAGCACUAGGCGACGGUGCACGGGCAGUGACGGGCAGCGCUAAUUCCGUACUUCGAACGAUCGAGAUCAAGGCUCUGAUAGUUUUCACCAGUUCCAUUAGCUAAUCGGACCUCAACGUGUUACAACCUGCUACACGGUUCUGUUGUUUCCAUCAGUUUAAAUCAGUUAAUCGAACAUCGACGUGCUACACGAAGCAUGCCAAAGCGGAAAAGAUACGGCGACUUGUCGAAACGUCAAGUUUAUCGCCGGCUCGCUGAACAACGGCAAAAAGAUAUGAUACUUGUAGAUAGUUCGUCUUCGAUCGAUAAUGAUAUUAAUGUACGUGGGCUUACGGCUAAUGUUGAACACGAGAUACACGAGGACAUCUUUAUUUCUACAACUGAAGCGGAGUGUAGAGAGGCUGAAAAUUACCGCCAAUUCAGAAUUAAUACUGCAAAUACCUAUCAAGAAAAUCUUAUUGAUAUUCAGAACAUUGAAACAGCUGUGGAAAACUGCAUUGCACAAAUUAUCGUGCCGGAAGAUAUAGGUUGCAACAGUGACUCGGAUGAGGAAAUUCAAGAGAAUGAUCCAGCAAUUAUUCCUGAAACCUUCGAUUUUAAACAGGAAUUAACAUCGUUCGCUUUGGAUACUCAAAUAAAACAUGCUCAUUUGAACCGCCUCUUAAAACUUUUGAGAAAAGCGGGACACGAAAACUUGCCAGAAGACGCUCGUACUCUAUUAAAAACACCGCGUACUUCUAGUUGUCAAAUUACUCAAUGUCCACCUGGAGAAUACCUUCAUUAUGGAUUACAAACAGCUCUCGAAGAACACUUGCGUGAAAAAACAUUUUGCAUUGCUGGGACGGAAAUUAAAAUCGAUUUAAAUAUCGAUGGUCUACCCAUAGCGAAAUCCUCUGGUGCAAGUUUGUGGCCAAUUUUGGGAAAAAUUAUUCACGACUCUUUUAAGACCCCGUUUGUUAUUGGAGUAUAUUAUGGCGUUCAAAAACCACAUUCACUUGACGACUAUCUAACGCCUUUUAUAAAUGAGUAUAAGAGAUUAAACAAUGAAGGAUUUGUCGUGGAUUCGAAGAGAUUUAUUGUAACAAUAAGGUGCAUAAUUUGUGACAGUCCUGCGAGGUCGUUUGUAAAAUGUACAAAACAAUUUAAUGGGUACUUCAGCUGCGGAUUUUGUAUCGAAAAAGGAGAUUUUAUGAAUCGAAUGGUCUUUCUUUCUGAAUCAGCACCUCUACGUACAAAUGAAAGUUUUAGGAACAGAACAAAUGAAGAGCAUCAUACAGGUACCUCACCAUUUGAGUCAUUACUUAUAGAUAUGAUAACUCAAUUUCCGCUCGACUAUAUGCAUUUAGUGUGCUUGGGAGUUAUGAAGACAUUGUUAACAAUAUGGUUGGAUCGUCGUAAAAUUCCAACAUUGAGUGCCGAGACUGUACACAAAUUAUCUGAUGCGUUAAUAACUUGUGCACAAUGGAUGCCCAAGGAAUUCAAUAGGAAACCUCGAGGAUUGCAGGAAUUGCAUCGCUGGAAAGCCACUGAAUUCCGAACUUUUUUACUUUACUUGGGACCGAUUUUGCUACAACCAAUUCUUCCUAAAAAGUAUAUAAUCCAUUUCAAUGUCCUAAGUUGCGCGAUGCGGAUACUGUGCGAUCCACGUGAUUGCUAUGUCAACAAUAACUAUGCCAAAGAACUGUUGGUUUACUUUGUACAACAAUUUAAAAUCCUUUACGGAGAACAGUAUGUCACGAGUAACGUACAUAAUUUGAUCCAUUUGAAUGAAGCUGUAAAGACAUUUGGCCCACUAGACGGCUUUAGUGCUUUCGAUUUUAAAAAUUAUAUGCAAAUUUUGAAACAUCUGCUACGAAAACACGCGAAUCCAUUGCAACAAAUUCAUCGGCGAUUAUCGGAAAAAAAUGGUCAAGAUAAAUCUAUGCAAAUGAUAGAAACCACGAAUAUUAAGUAUCCUCUAGUAAAGAGACCACUUAGGUCGAAACUUCCUAUGGAUUGUCACAGCGAGCAUCGAGUUUUACAAUUCAAAACUUUCGAAGUGUCAAACAAAAGGCCAGAUAAUUGCUGCUUACUGACUGAUGGAACUAUCAUCUUCAUCAAUCAUAUUGCAUUCCGGGGAAAUGUUAUUAUAGUUAUUGGUUGUGAAUUUUUAAAUAAAGAGGAUAUUCAAAACUAUCCAUGUUCAUCGAGCAAAAUGCACAUUUAUAAAAUAAAAAAUCUGUCACCACCACAAAUAUGGCCUGCGGAACAAAUAAGCCGCAAACUUUUAUUAGUAACGUUUGAAGAAACCCAAUACGCAAUACCGCUUUUGCACCAUUAAUUAUAUAUAUAUAUAUAUAUAUAUAU